UUGUGCGUUCGGCGCGCGGGCGGUGUCGCGCAUGCGUUCGCUUGUGGUCCCGCCCCCUCCGACCUCGCCGCGGCGCUGCUUGGGGUUGAACUUCCCUCCCGGUCUCCGCUGGCUACAGAUAUGUGGCACAUCCCUCCUCGGCAGUGAGGGGACUGAAGCAUCCUAGGCCUCUCCGCCCUUGCUGACGGCUUCGCGCCAAGGGCCGCCAUGGCUACGGGGUUCUCCUUUGGGUCCGGGACUCUCGGCUCUACCACGGUGGCCCCCGGUGGGACCGGCACAGGCAGCGGAUUCUCCUUCGGGGCCGGCGCGUCUAGCACACCUUCUGUGGGACUCAACUUUGGCUCUCUUGGAAGCUCUGCGGCUCCAGCAUCUACAGCUGCCUCUGCCUCUGCAGGUGCUUUUGGAGCAGGACUCUUUGGGUCUAAGCCUGCCACUGGGUUCACGCUAGGAGGAACAAGUGCAGGAACAGCAGCUACUACAUCUGUGUCUACAACAGGCUUCAGUCUAGGAUUCAGUAAACCUGCAGCAUCUGCCACACCAUUUGCCCUGCCUGUCACUUCUACCUCAGCUAGUGGUCUUACUCUCUCAUCUGCUCUGACAUCAACUCCAGCAGCAUCCACAGGAUUUACUUUGAAUAAUUUGGGAGUCACACCAGCCACAACGACAACAGCAUCAACUGGGCUUUCCUUAGGGGGAGCUCUAGCUGGCUUGGGAGGUUCACUUUUCCAGAGUGGAAACACAGCAACAUCGGGUCUUGGACAAAAUGCUUUAAGCUUGUCUUUGGGUACAACAGCACCUACUUCAGUUGCCAACAAUGAAGGCCUUGGUGGUAUAGAUUUUAGUACCUCAUCAGAUAAAAAGAGUGAUAAAACGGGAACAAGGCCAGAGGAUAGUAAAGCACUGAAAGAUGAAAAUCUGCCUCCUGUCAUCUGUCAGGAUGUUGAAAAUCUCCAGAAAUUUGUUAAGGAACAAAAACAAGUCCAGGAAGAAAUUAGUCGAAUGUCUUCCAAAGCAAUGCUCAAAGUCCAGGAAGACAUCAAGGCCCUGAAGCAGCUUCUGUCCUUGGCUGCCAGUGGGUUGCAGAGGAACACACUCAAUAUCGACAAACUGAAGUUAGAAACUGCUCAGGAGUUAAAGAAUGCUGAGAUAGCUUUAAGAACCCAGAAAACACCACCUGGACUCCAACAUGAAAAUACAGCUCCUGCUGACUACUUCCGAAUCUUGGUUCAGCAGUUUGAGGUACAGCUUCAGCAGUACAGGCAGCAGAUUGAAGAACUAGAAAACCAUCUUGCCACUCAAGCAAACAAUUCACACAUAACUCCUCAAGAUUUAUCAAUGGCUAUGCAGAAAAUUUAUCAAACAUUUGUAGCUUUAGCAGCACAACUUCAGUCUAUUCAUGAAAACGUCAAGGUGCUUAAAGAACAGUAUCUCGGCUACAGAAAAAUGUUUUUGGGUGACGCUGUGGAUGUGUUUGAAGCUAGGAGAACAGAAGCCAAGAAGUGGCAGAAUGCACCCAGAGUUACUACUGGACCCACUCCUUUCAGCACCAUGCCAAACGCAGCAGCCGUUGCCAUGGCUGCAACACUUACACAGCAGCAACAGCCUGCUACAGGGCCACAGCCGUCUCUGGGAGUUAGUUUUGGAACGCCAUUCGGCUCAGGUAUUGGCACUGGCUUGCAAUCAAGUGGCUUAGGUUCUUCAAACCUUGGAGGAUUUGGAGCUAGCUCUGGUUUCGGAUGCGGUACCACAGGGGCCUCCUCAUUUGGAUUUGGAACAACAGAUAAACCCUCAGGAAGUCUUAGUGCAGUAAAAACUGCCAAGAUGACUCCCAGGAUCCGUCAUAGCAAAGAAAAUCCAGUCUCCAAUACCUGGGAAUGUGUUCUUGACCCAGCAACACCGUGCAAACUGACCAUCCACAGGAAUCCAGCGACACCAUCAAAGGACUUGAAGAGAUCAAGAGACACAGCUAGACCAGAGAACAACAGCAUUGCUUCAGUCUCUGUAGCAGCCAACUAACCUCUUCAUGAGCCGUUGGUGGGACAAGCAAAUGGCUGCUCUCUUUACAGUCUCAUGAAUGCAUUGCCAACCCCUUGCUUUUACCUCUUUUCAUCCUCCUGCUUUGGGCCUUUGCUACAGGAGCAGACUGGACCAGUGGCUAGAGAUUCCUGUUAGCCAUCUCUUACCUCUUUUGCACUGGAUGCAUGGCUUAUUAUCUGCUGCUGUUAACUUGGCUCUCUGUCAUGGUCUCUGAACCAUUCUGUGACUCUUGCAUGGGGUCACUUGGACCUUGCUAUUUUUGAAUCCUAGGUGUUACCUCCCCCUUUCAGCUCAGCCUUCAGACUCUGGCAGUCUCUGCUUGGAAGCUACCGCCUGGGGAGCCAAGACAAAGGCUCUCUGCAGACUGUGGGUUCUUCCUUGGAGCAGUUGCCUGGAAAUUCACACUGAGAUACGGACACGCCUACCACCUGGAAAUCUUCCCAGCUGCUGGGGCUGGGGACCUUGGUGCCUGACUUCUGCAGUGUCAUGUAACCUAGAGAUUCAGUUUCGGUUUUUCAUGUACCUAUAUAUAUUUUCUGAAUACCCGAAGUAAAGCACGAAGCCUUGAUUGGG